AUGCCCGAGGGUCCCACAGGCAUUCCCCACAUUACCGCAGAGCUCAUUGCUCUCUGCGUCGAAUCUCUGUUCUUUGGGGGCUUCACGGUACUCUAUCUCCUCGCAGUAUGGAUCCUGUUUUACCGGGGAACAGCAACUAGGUCGAGACUUAACAAAGUUCUGUUUGCGACAUCGACAGUGAUGUGGAUUCUCUCUGUCGUGCAUAUAUGCAUCGAUACGCAACGCGCAACGGAAGCUUUCAUCGUCCACGGGAACACGGCGGACGGCUCACUCAACUUCUAUUCCGACCUCGCCUCCCCGACUCACUUCGCGAAAAACGUCAUAUACAUUAGCAUGACGCUUCUCGGAGAUUCUUUCGCGACAUAUCGUCUCUUUGUCAUCUGGAAUCACAACUGGUGGAUAGUCGUGUUACCCAUUAUUCUCAUUGUAGCCACGGCAGUCACAGGAUUUGGCGCGUGUGCCAUCGGAUUGAUAAUAGCCCCGUCUGCCAUAUUCUCAAGCGAUUUCCAGCCCUGGCUUCGCACCUUCUUCUCGCUCUCACUCGCAGUGAACCUCCUGGACACUAUCCUCAUCGCCGUUCGAGUCAUCCAGACGAACCGCCAGCUCAACCUCCGUGGCACCAGCUCCGCGCGGCUCGCGCCCCUCUGGGCCGUCAUCGAGACCAUCGUCCAGUCCGCCGCGAUCUACUCGAUCGCGCUCAUCGCGCUCAUCUCGACGUACAUCGCGGGCACGAACGCGCAGUACAUCUGCCUGGACGCGCUCCAGCCGCUCAUCGGCGCGGUGUUCACGCUCAUCAUCAUCCGCGUGGGGCUCGGGUGCACGCUCUCGCGCGGGAACACUGUGGGCCCGGCCACCACUGGGCUGCGCAACGGAAGCACGCGGGCUACGACGGACACGGAGCUGGCGCUCCCGACGCUGGCGCCUGAUACCCCGGGACGCCCGUAUCGCCGGGACAGCGUGCAGAUGUACGAAGACGAUGGCCAGAGAAGGGCGCGACGGUAUAGCUUGGUCGACACCGCGUGA